GAAGGUCCUUGCCGUGAUGCUUUGCUGGCUCAGUUGCCUUUUGACUUGGAAGACACAGCUUUGCUGGUGAUGGGUGCCCUCGGCUCGAGGGAGGAGCCCGAGUUCGUGACCGCUCGCGCUGGCGAGAGCGUGAUCCUGCCAUGCGACGUCAUCCACCCGCUGACGGGACAGCCCCCUCCCUAUGUCGUGGAGUGGUUCAAGUUCGGCGUCCCCAUCCCCAUCUUCAUCAAGUUUGGGUUUUACCCUCCCCAUGUGGACCCAGGGUAUGCCGGCCGGGCCAGCCUGCACGACAAAGCCUCCCUGCGCAUUGAGCAGGUGCGCUCCGAGGACCAGGGCUGGUACGAGUGCAAAGUGCUCAUGCUGGACCAGCAGUACGACACCUUCCACAACGGCAGCUGGGUCCACCUCACGGUCAAUGCUCCCCCCACGUUCACCGAGACCCCGCCGCAGUACGUAGAGGCGAAGGAGGGCAGCAGCGUCACCCUGACCUGCAUGGCAUUCGGGAACCCCAAGCCCGUCGUCACCUGGCUCAGAGAGGGGGACCUUUUGGGUGCCAAUGGCAAGUACCAGGUGAGCGACGGGAGCCUCACAGUGCUCUCGGUCAGCCGGGAGGACAGAGGUGCCUACACCUGCCGGGCCUACAGCAUCCAGGGCGAGGCUGUGCACACCACGCGCCUCCUCGUCCAAGGACCUCCCUUUAUCGUUUCCCCUCCGGAGAACAUCACAGUCAACAUCUCCCAGGAUGCGCUGUUCACCUGCCAGGCUGAGGCGUAUCCUGGCAACCUCACCUACCUGUGGUACUGGGAGGAGGAGAACGUCUACUUCAAGAAUGACUUGAAGCUGAGGGUGCGGAUCCUGAUCGACGGGACGCUGAUUAUUUUCCGUGUCAAACCAGAGGAUGCUGGAAAAUACACCUGUAUCCCCAGCAACAGCCUGGGCCGCUCGCCAUCAGCCUCUGCCUACCUGACAGUGCAGUAUCCUGCCCGUGUGGUGAACAUGCCCCCCAUCAUCUACGUGCCCAUCGGGAUCCACGGGUACAUCCGCUGCCCGGUGGAGGCGGAGCCCCCGGUCACCUUGGUCAAGUGGAACAAGGACGGGCGUCCCCUGCGCAUCGAGAAGUAUUCUGGCUGGAACCUGCUGGAAGACGGGUCGAUCCGGAUCGAGGAGGCCACUGAAGAUGCUCUCGGCACUUACACCUGCGUGCCUUAUAACGCCCUGGGUACGAUGGGCCAGUCUCCCCCUGCCCGACUGGUACUGAAGGACCCCCCCUAUUUCACGGUGCUACCAGGCUGGGAGUACAGACAGGAGGCAGGGAGGGAGCUGUUGAUUCCUUGCGCUGCUGCCGGAGACCCCUUUCCCAUCAUCGCCUGGAGAAAGGUAGGGAAGCCCAGCAGGAGCAAGCACAACACGCUGCCCGGCGGCACCCUGCAGAUCCGCUCCCUCGGCAAGGACGACCACGGCGAGUGGGAGUGCGUCGCCACCAACAUCGUCGCGAGUAUUACUGCCAGCACACACCUGACCGUCGUAGGGACAAGCCCUCAUGCCCCGACCAGCGUGCACGUGGUGGCCGCCAUGACCUCAGCCAACGUGUCCUGGGAGCCCGGCUACGACGGUGGAUACGAGCAGACUUUCUCAGUUUGGAUGAAGAGAGCCCAGUUUGGACCCCAUGACUGGCUGUCUCUCCCUGUGCCAGCUGGUUCCAGUUGGCUACUGGUGGAUACCUUGGAACCAGAGACUGCUUAUCAGUUCAGUGUCUUGGCUCAAAACAAGCUGGGCACCAGCUCCUUCAGUGAGGUGGUCACUGUGAACACUCUAGCAUUCCCUGUAACAACUCCAGAGCCUCUGGUGUUGGUUACCCCACCGAGGUGCCUAACAGCCAACCGGACACAGCAAGGCGUCCUCCUGUCGUGGCUCCCUCCCGCCAACCACAGCUUCCCCAUCGACCGCUACAUCAUGGAAUUCCGCGUGGCAGAGAAGUGGGAGAUCCUGGACGAUGGCAUCCCAGGCUCUGAGAGCGAGUUCUUUGCCAAGGACUUGUCCCAGGACACCUGGUAUGAGUUCCGUGUGCUGGCGGUCAUGCAGGAUCUCAUCAGCGAACCCAGCAACGUCGCUGGCGUGUCCAGUACAGACGUUUUCCCUCAGCCUGACCUGACGGACGAGGGCCUAGCCCGCCCAGUGCUGGCUGGCAUCGUUGCCACCAUCUGCUUCCUGGCUGCUGCCAUCCUCUUCAGCACACUCGCCGCCUGCUUCGUCAACAAGCAACGCAAACGCAAGCUCAAGCGCAAGAAAGACCCUCCUCUCUCGAUAACCCACUGCAGGAAGAGUUUGGAGUCCCCGUUGUCUUCCGGCAAGGUGAGUCCCGAGAGCAUCCGCACGCUCCGUCCCCCCUCAGAGUCCUCUGAUGACCAGGGCCCGCAGGCCAAGCGGAUGCUGAGCCCCACCAAGGAGAAGGAGCUCUCCCUUUACAAGAAGACCAAACGAGCCAUCAGCAGCAAGAAGUACAGCGUCUCCAAGGCGGAGGCCGAAGCCGAGGCCACCACUCCCAUCGAGCUCAUCAGCCGCGGGCCGGACGGCCGCUUUGUCAUGGACCCGGCCGAGAUGGAGCCCUCCCUGAAGACACGGCGCAUCGAGGGCUUCCCCUUCGUGGAGGAGACGGACAUGUACCCCGAGUUCAGGCAGUCGGACGAGGAGAACGACGACCCCGUCGUCCCCACCUCCGUGACCGCCCUGAAAGCCCAGCUCACCCCUCUCUCCUCCAGCCAGGAGUCCUACCUUCAGCCACCAGCAUACAGCCCCCGGUUCCACCGGGCGCUGGAGGGUCCCGGCAGCCUGCAGGCCACCGGCCAGGCCCGCCCGCCGGCCCCCCGGGCUUUCCACCACCAGUUCUACGGUUACCUCAGCAGCAGCAGCCCCGGGGAGGUGGACCCGCCGCCCUUCUACAUGCCAGAAGUCAGCCCGCUGAGCUCGGUCAUGUCCUCCCCGCCGCUGCCCCCCGAGGGGCCCUUCGGACACCCCACCAUCCCCGAGGAGAACGGGGAGAACGCCUCCAACAGCACGCUGCCCCUGGCCCAGACCCCCACGGGGGGCCGGUCCCCCGAGCCCUGGGGCAGGGCCGAGUUCCCCUUCGGCAGCCUGGAGCUGGCCCCCGCGCCGUUCCCCCACCAGCUCCAGCCCUGCGAGGCGGCCGAGGGCUCCCAGCCCACGGGCUGCCUUCCUCGGGGGCCGCCCCCCUCCUCCCUCCAGGUGGUCCCCGCAUCCUACUCGGGCAUCCUGCCCCUGGAGGCACCAAAGAGCUGGACCGGCAAGUCACCGGGCAGGGGUCAAUCUUCCGUGCCCGCUACCACCAAGUGGCAGGACAAACCUAUGCAACCCAUGGGAUGUCAAGGGCAGCUAAGACAUACCAGCCAAGGUAUGGGCAUACCCGUGUUGCCUUACCACGAUCCGUCCGAGCCCGUCGGCCCCAGCGGCACAAGCACAUUCAGCCUGGACACCAGGUGGUACGAGCCCCAACCCCGACCUCGGCCCAGCCCUCGGCAGGUCAGGAGGGCUGAGCCCAGUUUACAUCAGGUGGUGCUACAACCUUCGAGGCUUUCUCCUCUGACCCAAAGUCCCCUGAGCUCCCGCAACAGCUCCCCGGAGCUGACCGCCCGCGCCCGGCCCCGCCCGGGGCUCAUCCAGCAGGCGGAGGUGUCGGAGAUCACGCUGCAGCCGCCCGUGGCCGUCAGCUUCUCCCGCAAAUCCACGCCAUCCUCCACGGGAUCUCCGGCGCCCAGCAGCCGCGGGGACAGCCCCAGCUUCCGACCGACCACCGCCUUCACCCCCGUGGGCACCGGCUUCUCCAACUCCCAGGGCUCCUCCCUGCCCGUGGACACCAUGGAUGUUUUCGGAGACAUCCCUUCUCCAAGGAGGGCUGGCGAGGAGAUUCUCCAACCGGAGCCGACAUCCACCACCACAGUAGCCGCCACAGGAAAACGUCCAUCUCCGCCCGGGGACGCUGCUGCACCUGAGAGGCUCGAAGCUCUGAAAUACCAGCGGAUAAAGAAGCCCAAAAAGUCAUCCAAGGGCUCCUCGAAAUCCAGAAAACAACUCAGUGACUCUGCCUCCCAGGUUCAGCACCCUCCCAGCUCUCAGGUACUGUCACCUGAUGAAGCUGUCUGCCUUCGCAAGAAGAAGAGACACCCUCGUCAGGACCCCUUCGCCCGGCUCUCAGCGCUGAAGGACGACCUCUGCCACCGGCAGCUCCCUGAAGACCAGACAGCCAUUCUCAACAGCAUCGACCAUGACGACACCAGCGGACACGCCACCCUGCUCUAGCCUGGCGCCAGUCCCAGGAGGUUGAACAGGAGCGGUGGAGGGAGCCGGUGUCACACCACGGGGGGAUGGAGUGCGCAUUUAGGGGGGAAAGUGUGGGAUUGAGCAGCUGGCCCUCAAUCGCCGGAGGAAAUUGAAUGACACAGGGUGUAAUUAAGUGACAUGAACCUAACAACCCAGGCGGGAACUGGUAAUCCCAUGAAUCUGAUUAUGAGAAAAACAUAACCAAAUAAUCCCAGGGAAGCUGUAAUUGUGAAAUCUCCCUGCCUCCCCCUUCCCAGCCUCCUUUGACGUGAAGGUAACAGCAGCAAAACCAUCCGUGACAUCUUUCCUUACCUAUCUCUGAAAGGGAAAAGCCAGAAAGACCCUGAGCCUUCGAAUCAAUGUGAGAAAUCACCACUUGUCUGUGUGCAAACACACUCGAGCCUCGGUGCCGUGCGCUGGGUGCCGUGCGAGCGCGCGGGUUCGGGGCUGAUGCGAUCUGAGGGCGUUUCCCCCUCCAGCUGCGGCAUGUGCCAGCUUUGAUGGGGGUGGGUUUGAUUAAUUCUGCCCAACGCUCCGUGUAUCUCAGGCAAAUGUUCUGCAGCGCCGCGUGGCGAUGGGAUUUCUGACUGUGUGAUGUUUGAUCCCUCCCGACACCUGCGGAGCGCAGAGACGCAGGCGUGCGAGUGAGCGGGGUUUGGCUGCGUGCUCCCCAAAGCCUCCUUCGGCAGGUGCUGAGCCCCAGGAGAGCAUCUGGAAGUGCCCAGCUCUGUGGAUGGACGUGGAUGGCUCCGUGCAAAGCUAAGCCCAGCGUUUCGUGCCAGCUUACGAUGUGUUACUGCUGGUUUCACCGUUUCUCCCUUUUUUCCUCCUGCUCCAGCCCGGAUGUGUCAGCUGUGACACCAGCUGGGGUUGUGUCCCUCCCUUUGCCCCCUGUUCCCCUCAGUAAUGCUGUUCUAACUCUUCACCAGAAUGUAUUUCCUCUUCAGAAUAGGGUAGGUUUGGUGGCUGGUGGUUUUCUGGAUUGCAUAGGCCUUUUUUUUGGUUUGUUUUUAGCAGGCAAGGUGUAACCCAAGAACAGCCGGGCUCAUUUUCCUGCUCUGCCUCCACUCUCUGAUUGCGUGGCCUUGGGCAAGUCACUUGACCUUUCUGUGCCUCAGUUCUCCCAUCUGUAAAAUGGGGAUAAGUCAUAUUUGAGCACUUUGGACAAGCACUUGGUGGCCUACAGACUGCAAGUGCUAUGUAAAUGCUUAGUGCUAAUAUCAAGCAAUCCCUACCUUUAAAAUAUUUAGAGUUGGUUCUUUUUCUUUUUUUUCUUAGUUUGAAGUGGUAAAAUCAACCACUGCAUCCAGGUUUGCACAGUUCUUCCUCUGCGGUAAAGUGCUAAACCCUCCAGCCUGCCUGGGAAUAAAACACCAAGUGUUUCAUGUAGAUAUUCUUGCUUUGAGUGGAUUCAGGCUGUAGAAAAAGCGUCAGGAGAGCUGGAGAGCCUGCAGGCAUGUUUUUAGCCCCAGGCUCUCUAUUUGCAUAUGAAACUUUUGUUUAUUCCCAGGUAGAAUUGCCAAGAGAUUCUCUGCAAUCUCGCCUUUAAUUCUGCUUUGCCUUGGUUUUUGCUCUUGCUGCUGGUUGAACCUCCAAGGGCUGAGAUGUUUGGAGAAAGACGUGAGCUCUCAGUUGUGAUACGGCUCUCUGACCAUGCCACGCUUUCAGGUCAGAGCCUGUCGAUUGCUCUGCCUCAAUACACCUGGUUUUAGAGGUUGUGCUUCCUCUCCCAGCAGAACGCUCGGGAACCUGUGACCACCAAAAGCAGAGCACCGUGUCUUUUCCAAUCUCCAGGCCCUAAGUAAGGUUUGACCACUGGACAAUGAAUCCUCUAAAUCGAUAACCAGAUAUUUCUGAGCUUUAACAACUUUGUGUAGGUGGUCUCAAGCCAUCAGCAGGUUUGUCUCGGGAAGGAGGGAGGGUCUGGCAGAAAUACCCCUCUCUUUCCAGCCUGCACCAGGGCUUUUUAUUGACCUGACGAGUGACCUGAUGUAAGAACCUCAACUCUCAGAGUGAGAACUCAACCUUGCUAACAGCAUGACUGCGAAUUUCUUUUCUUUGGGUGUGUUUUUAGGGUUUUUUCCCUAGAACCUGCUCGGAUCUGAAUUGAUUUAAUGCCAUUCUCCCGCUCUGCAGCGGGGAAAACUCUGCCUGGCUUGGCCAACUCCACCUCGCCGGUCACUCCAGCUGGGCUGCUCCUGACAGACAGGUGACCCUUGGGGCCGGGGGAGGCGUGGAGGCUCUGUGCUGCCUGUGCCAUGGCCAACUUGCUCUUCCUUUUGCUCUCAUUGCCUCAGCCUCUCGAACAGAGGGUUGCUUUUCCAUUUGAGCACUUUCCAAACGAUUUACGACAUCCAUUCGGAUGGGCCAGGUGCUGUCUUCAGGCUCUUGAGGUUGCUACCUCAGGACUCUGCCCCAUCCCAUCUUAAGGAGCUCUAGAGGACUUGGAGUGCUGGGCAGGUUGACGGAGCAUGCUGGCUUGCUGGGUCAGUCUUUUGAGAGUUGUUUUCCUUUUGCAGGUGUUUUGAGCCACUGGGCUUUUCAUGGUCUUCGACCUUUAGAGGCUGGAGCUGCAGCCCUCUCUCUUUCAGCUGUGUACCUGCCACGCUGCUGGAGUGGGAAAUCCCGCCCGGGCGCCUCGUGGAAGCAGCUCCUCCCUAAAACCAUCCUUAACUCCUUUCCCUGCUAGACCGAGUCACCUUCCCAUCGACUCGGGCCGUGCUUUGGCUGACUGGCUCGCCUCUUGCUUUGGCAACCUCCUCGCUUCUCCCAGCCCUCUGGUUUCCCUGCCCUUCAGGGUUGCUCCUCUCUCCUUCCGUGGACCUGGAAACAUCGAAGCCGUAUCAGAUGAUGCCAAACACUUCCCCCAUUUCACCCCCGUUUGAACUCCGUGUUGCUUUGGUGGUUUGCAAACACAGCUGCUGCUGCUGCUGCUUCUUCAUUUUCUCUCUUUUUUUUUUUUUUUUUUCCUCCUUUCAUGCUGCAAAAUAUAUCUGGAUUUUUAUCUUCCUGGGCCAAACUCUGUUAUUUUCUAAGCUGGUCUGAGGUAGACGGCUCUUUCUGUAUCAGUGACCAUACAAUUCCUCCUUGCACCUUGCAAAUUCAAUGUUCCGUUAGGUCCCUUGGCAAAUCCUGGCCCGCAGUGAAAAAAAUGCCUCUGAAUCACAAGGAUAUUUGUCCCUGGGCUCUGCUGAGGUGUCAGUGCAAGGGUGCUAGCCCAGUUUUAGGGGGUUCUUGCUGGUGCAUCUCCCUUUGAGGUGGCCAUGGUGGAGAUGCUCCAGUGCUGGUUUCAUGCCACUGUGGGGGUUGCAGGACUGGGGCACCCUGAGCUGGGGGAGGUGACAUGUAGAGGUGGGUACAGGAUGCCACUGAGAUCCUGUGGAAGAGGGGCCGUCGUGGGAUGCUGUCCCUUGCUGCAUAACGAGUCCUGGAGCAGGCAG